GUACUGUUGAACUUGACAGUAUUUUUUCUCUUGUUAUUUCAUAGGAGCUUCAUAGAAGACGGAGAAAGCCUUGUGAGUCUUGUGCCUUGGGUUUAUCAGUAUCUUUAUGUUAGUUGUGUGAAAAAGAAAAACCAAAUAAACAAAGUAAAAAUAAACUGAUAUCUUUUCCCCCCAAGGUUUCUAUAGAUAUCACGAUAUACCGAUAUUGUGAAUUAUUAUGGCCACAAUAACCGUGAUGUGAAAAAUGUAAUAUCCCUAGAGUGUACAGAGGCUGGAUGGGACCUGUGCAAUAACUCCUUAAUGUUUAGUCCUUCUGUUAUUUACCCUCUGUUUUCCUACAUAUCUCAGAUUCCAGCUCUGCUCGAUCACACCUGUUUAACCAACUGCUCACUCCACCUUAAAGUGUCCUGAUCCUUCUGCCGUCCUGCCACCACAUGUGCAACAUAAUAUGCAACUUAAAAAUGUAACAAAAAAUGCAAAAAAAAUAUAAUUGUCUCAUAUAGUCCCUUUCCUUAAUUAACAUAUACAUUUUUGUUUUGUUUUGAAUGUUUAAAUCAAAACAAAAGUUCAAUAGAUUUGGUCCAAGAGGUAUGUUUAGUCCUCUAGUCCAAAAUUAGAGCUCCAGCUGUUUCUGAAGGAGUAAAGGUUUAAUUUUGUGUGGCGCCUCUAAAGACAGGGGUGCUUAUGCUAUCAUCUCCUGAGCACACACAUCUGAGCCAUUUUUCAAACCAGACAGCGGAGAUGUUGAAAUUAUGUAGCGCUGAAGCAAUGACUUCUCGACCCUGUACCAUAAAACAUGCCUGAGGGAUCAGAUUUACAGCAAGUCACAUACAUAAUAGAUCCCUUAAUGGUGUGAUUUAUGCCAUAAGAUCAAUCACAUGAAAAGUUGUAAAUGUUUUGACUAGUUUUCAUAAUACCUUACUGGUAAAAUCUAUGUAGGUCACUGACGGGACACAUUAAUAAUGCAUAAGUGUACUUAUACAUUUUGCAAGUUUUUGACCUCUAGUUUCAGAUAAGGUUUUCAGAUAAGGCCCACAAAAUAGGUGACAUGUUUUAAGUCAUUUUAAAAUGUCUGUAAAAAUGAAUGGAAGUACAAGGAGGAGGAGGGAGCGUCUUGAUCUUCACAACCAAUCAAAUGUUAGGAUACAGUUGCUAGUACUGAGUCCAGUAUUUAAAUGUUUUACCAUUUGAAUUCUCCUAUCUGAAGAGAGACCAAAGAUGAGACAGAAGGUGACGUUUGUGCUGUGCAUUUAUGGGGCUCUGCACUGCUUGGUAAUUCUGCCAGUGUUGCAGGCCACAUCCCUAGCAAAAGUCUCCAAAGACAAAGCAUCUAAUCCAGCUGUCAGCAUUGACUCUGAACAGGCCCAUGAUUUUCUGGCACAUGCACGCCAAAGGAGAAUGGCUAAUCCCAACUGGUAUCACAAAGAUCCAGACUUUCAGUCCUACUAUCGUUAUUACAACAGUAUUGGGCACAUUGAAGGGCUCUAUGAGAUAGACAGAAUUCGAAUGCUUUACCAGCAGAUGCGACAUCUGGAGCUCACGUAUGGCCCUGAUGCAUCCAAAUACCAAAAUGCCCUCGGUCUGCAACUAAAAUCGACACCUCCCCCCACAACCCAGCCUCCACCCCCUACUUUACCACCUGUCUCCAAGAUGGAGGUUAUGUACCUGUGUAAUUCAAAAGACCCACAAUGCAAGCCACAUAUUGUGUACCUGCCCACUGGUGGUGUUCCUGUACUUUGCGAUCCACGUUACCACCCAAACUGUAAACUCAGCUCUGUCCAGGAGUCGUCCUCUCCCCCCGUAGCUGCCUCAGAGCCAGUGACGUAUGCCCCUCCACCACCACAAAAAUCCACUCCUCCACCACCUCCUCCUUCUAUGAAUGGAAUGGAGUACGACUGUGAUCCUUACUGGGACCCUGACUGCCUAAUCGACAAUCCUCCCAGGCAAGUUACGAUGAUCGAACCAUCACCAGCGCUUCCAGCUGAGAAGAUGAAAAAGGAAACUGGGAACAAAGUAAACCUAAACGCUCUGGUUCCAACCUAUGACCCAUAUGACUUCAAUCAAGAUCUAUAUGAUCCCUUCCGCCAUGCAGCUCCGGCUCCCUGAUUUAAGAUUAAGUCAAAUUAGUCAAAACAUAUUAAUCUUAAUAACUUACCCCAUGUUCAAAUUUUCUUAUCUAAUUGAUGUAAAAUUUAUAAAAUAUAGUACACAUUAUACAUUAAAUACAUAAAACCAUGGCCUUAUGUAUAAUAUGUAGCUAGAUAUGUAUUUAAACAAAUGUUGAGGGCUGAAUAAAGGAUAUGGACACACAAAAACUACUUUGGUUUGUUUAUCU